UUUUCGUUUUUGCAGCUCUGCGGUAGUGAGUGGUCGAUCCAGGUCUACAUAAAAAAAUAUAAAAACGUAAAAUUAACGCUAAUAGUUACGUGGGCAGUCAUUUUUAAGGAAAUAAACUCUCAAUAGCAGAGCAGCAGCAAGGCGGAAACAUGGGUGACGUCAUGAAUAUAGACAGCAUAAUAUCCCGACUGCUGGAGGUGCGUGGGGCACGGCCAGGCAAGAAUGUACAGCUCUCGGAGAACGAGAUCCGAGGUCUCUGCCUGAAGUCGCGCGAGAUCUUCCUCUCGCAGCCCAUCCUGCUGGAACUGGAGGCGCCGCUGAAGAUCUGCGGCGACAUUCACGGCCAGUACUAUGAUUUGCUGCGUCUCUUCGAGUACGGCGGCUUUCCGCCGGAAUCAAACUACCUGUUCCUGGGCGAUUACGUUGACCGCGGCAAGCAGUCGUUGGAGACCAUUUGUUUGCUGCUCGCCUACAAAAUCAAAUACUCGGAGAACUUCUUCCUGCUGCGCGGCAACCAUGAAUGCGCCAGCAUUAACCGCAUCUACGGCUUCUACGACGAGUGCAAGCGCCGCUACAGCAUCAAGCUAUGGAAGACGUUCACCGACUGCUUUAACUGCCUUCCGGUGGCGGCCAUUGUUGACGAAAAGAUCUUCUGCUGCCACGGCGGCCUGAGUCCCGAUCUGACCUCGAUGGAGCAGAUCCGUCGGAUCAUGCGGCCCACCGACGUUCCCGAUCAGGGCCUGCUGUGCGAUCUACUCUGGUCCGAUCCGGACAAGGACACUAUGGGCUGGGGCGAAAACGAUCGUGGCGUCAGCUUCACCUUCGGCGCCGAGGUGGUGGCCAAGUUCUUGCAGAAGAACGAGUUCGAUCUCAUCUGUCGCGCUCACCAGGUGGUCGAGGACGGCUACGAGUUUUUCGCAAAGCGCCAAUUGGUUACGCUCUUCUCGGCGCCCAACUAUUGCGGCGAGUUCGACAACGCCGGCGCCAUGAUGUCUGUGGACGACACGCUGAUGUGCUCGUUCCAGAUCCUGAAGCCGGCAGAUAAACGUAAAAAGUAAUAUCACACACAGCAGCCCAACAACAAACAAAAGUCUUUUUCUAUAUAACAAAAAAACAAAACAACAAACAAAACCAACCGACACCCAAGAAACAAAUCCGAAACAUACAACCAGAAAUAAAUAAUAUGCUUGAAACACAUCAGAUCAUGGAUGAAACCCGGGGCGAGUCAAAAUCUACACCAAUAGAAACAGAAACCCUAUCCCAAUACCUUACCACCCUGGAUAAGAUGAUGCAUGGAGGACCCCAUCUUGGACCCAUAGCGGAAGAAAAAUGUUUUAACCCAUUGAGAUUUAAUUACAACUUCACAUUAACAAAUACCAUGAUUAAAAGCAAACAUAUUUAUUUUUAAUAACCGCUCCAGCCCCCGCAUAUCUUCAAUAUCUAUCGACCAACCCAUUCGCACACACUCACAUACACACACAAACACACAUACACCUACAGACCUGCUGCUAUAUACGUUUUGUCCAAAUUUUAAACACUAGGUAAACAGGUCAGCCUAGUAGAAUCGGAUUAGACCGCAGUCUCGGUCAUAAAGCAUAUAGAAACGGGGGCCCUUUAGCGCUCUUAGGCCUUAGGAAGAGUAUAUGAAACAAAAACAAAUAACAAAAAAGAAAAAUUUAAAGAAAAGGGAAAACAUUAAACAAAGGAGGAGAUAUAAGGAACGCUUGCCAAGAAGUGAGGAAUGUAAACACUGUGUUUUGACCUUGAAUUUAAAAGAGAAAUCGAUCAGUUUUUGUUCGUCCACUUUAGUCCAAAAGAAAAAAAAAAA